AUGUGGCCGCCACGACCAAGCUCAGCCAUAGCGAUCGAGACACACGAAGGAUAUCUCGUGGAAGUAUGGACUUGGUAUGCAAUUGGCAUGGUAAUCAUUGGUCUUCGCCAUGUUGUGCGCCUUCGAACGGUGGGCUUCAGAGGAUACCAUGGCGAUGACUACCUCUCUUUCCUUUGCAUCCUCUUAUACACUGUCGAUAGUACAAUGGGCUAUUUCGCUUACUACGCAGGGGGAAACAUCAACGUCAAGCCGCAGCAGGUUGAUUCACUCAGUGACGAAGACGUCAGGAUCCUCGAGAUGGGCAGCAAAAUGGAGUUCGUCACAUGGUACACCUAUCCCGGCUUCGUCUGGGUAUUGAAGUUCAGCAUCCUCUUUUUCUACCGACGCGUCAUGCAGGGCCUAAUAAAAGACCGGACAAUCAACUUCCUCUUCCUCUUUUGCGGGCUGACCUGGGUAGCGCUCAUCGCGACCGUGAGCUCUACAUGCAGGCCCUUCCACGACAACUGGACGGUGCGCCCCCUGCCCGGCGAGCACUGCAUCUUUCGGGCACAGAACUUUUACGCCCUGGCCGUGCUCAAUGUCAUCACCGACGCCUUCAUUCUAAUCAUCCCGGCCCCGAUGCUCUGGCACCUCCGGGUACCGGUGUGGAAGCGCGUCGGCGUCACCUGCCUUUUAUGCGGCGGCCUCUUUGUUAUCGCGGCGGCCAUCAUCCGCGCCGCGUUGACGCUCACGGCAGCGCCGAGCGUCCUCACCAUCAACAUAUGGGGUUACAGGGAGACCGUCAUAGCGCUGCUGGCCGUCACGACCCCGGUGUUAUGUCCACUGUUCAGGCCGGGGUUCUGGAAGCGAGGGGCGCUCAUUUUCAGGCCGGUCGAUGCACUGCACCGCGAGGCCGAGGAGGAGCUCGGGGUAAUAGAGAGGAGAAGGCGGAGGCUCUUCUCUUCGAAAAGAAAAUGGGACUUUGGAAGCAGUCUGAAGACGUCUUACCUGUCGGUCAAGUCGAGCAAGAGGUCCGCCAUCAUGACCACCACCACAGUGCGCCACGUGGAAUCAGAUGUUGAGGCCGCUGCUCUACAGACUCGCGCGGAAGGUAAUCAGGGCCUAGGUAGUGGUGACGCGAGUAGGGUUCUAGAGAGUGAUGCGCGCACUGGGAUGGACUUCAUUACCGGCUCCUCUCUUCUAACUAGAAGCAAAGAGAAUAUAAACUUGUCGCGGCCUCAAAAUAGUAAAAACUAG